UUGUCUAAUUGUCUAUAUUUCAUGCCUUCGUUUCGAUUACAUUAAAUACCUACAUUAGAUAUCCGAUACAAAUAAUUUUUAAAAGGUAGAAAUUAAUUCUUUGAAGUGAUUUUGGAAAACUGUUUAAUUUGUAAAUCAGAUUGAUAUUCAAUUUUAAAUAGAGUGAAUCAAAAUAAAAGAUGCCGAACAUUAAAUUGCAGUCAUCCGACAAUGAAAUAUUUGAUGUUGAUGUAGAAAUAGCCAAAUGUUCCGUAACAAUAAAAACUAUGUUAGAAGAUUUGGGUAUGGACGAUGACGAGGAAGAAGUUGUGCCUUUACCUAACGUAAAUUCAGCUAUCUUAAAGAAGGUCAUUCAGUGGGCAACGUAUCAUAAAGAUGAUCCUCCUAUACCGGAAGACGACGAGAACAAAGAAAAAAGAACUGAUGACAUUUCGUCUUGGGAUGCGGAUUUCUUAAAAGUUGAUCAGGGUACAUUGUUCGAAUUGAUUUUGGCAGCUAACUACUUAGAUAUAAAAGGUCUUCUAGAUGUCACUUGCAAGACGGUAGCCAACAUGAUAAAGGGCAAAACACCUGAAGAAAUUCGCAAAACAUUUAACAUUAAGAAUGAUUUUACAGCAGCUGAGGAAGAGCAAGUUCGUAAAGAAAAUGAGUGGUGUGAAGAAAAGUAAUAUGGACAUUAAAUCUUUUCUUCUUAUACUCCAGGUGCAUCUUUAAACAAAUUGGAACUUGAGUGUAAUUCAAUGCCUGUUAAAAUUAAAAGAUAUUGUAAUCAACACAAAAUUCAAAUAUUUUUUGUUUCCCCAAUAUGCUCAAGUAUCGGAAAUAAAAGUAUUAUAAUGUUUCAUCCAACCAACCCACAAUUCUAUUCUCAAAUAUCUAUUCACAAAUAUUGGAUUGAGGUUUGUUUAUUGACUAAUGAAGUAAGGAAAUGUUAGAUCAAUGUUGUGUACUUUUAAGUUUAGUUAAUAAUUUCAUGUUGAAUAUAUAGAGUAAUUAAGGCUUCCGGCUAAUAAAGCUUGUGAUUUGAUGUAAUUUAAA